UGUGUGUGCAGGAACAUGCAACUUUUUGGUGAUAAUUUAUUGCAUGUGUGUUCUGGUUGUAGGCACCUGAAGGACGUCAUCCUGCUCACAGCCAUAGUACAAGUCCUCAGCACAAUCUCCUCUUAUUUCUGGUAUCUUUGGCUGCUGGCCCCGGCCCGAGCCCUCCACCUGCUGUGGGUGAACUUCCUGGGCCCCUGGUUUAUGGCAGAAAGCCCGUCGGCACCAGAGGAAGUGAAUGAGAAGAAGCAGAGAAGACAAGAGCGCAGACAGAUGAAGAGAUUCUGAUGCUGCAGGGCAGACGGAGCAGUAUUUUUAUAGAAUCUAAUAUACAGAUAGCGAGGAACUGAUAAGUUAUUCAGGAAGAAAUUUUUGUUAUUAAAUUAAACUCAAUUAUAAUCUGAUACUGUGGAAUCUUGUUUUCCAUGUUUGUUUUCUUCCUGCUUUCUCCUGUAAUCCGAUUUUCUCCCCAAAUCACAAAUAUGAAAUGUUCCAUGUUUAGAUAAUGUCAUGGUCCAAAUGUCAUUUGUCCGCCUCAUGCAGAGAUAUAAGUUUUUUUGCUGUUGCACAAUCUCAUGGCACUGCCCCCUGCAGUUUUACCUCAAACGUCCCCCCUGUUAACCCACACGAUCCAGUGACGUAACGGAGUCAGAACCAUGGCCAGCUGAAUUUAUUCUGUCAGUGCCACUUUUCUCAUGGCAUGUCUUAAUUUUUUAUCUAAUUUUAUUUUUCCAAAAUGUUUCACAUGCAACAGAAUCCGUCGGCGAGCCUUCAUUACAGAGCUGAUUUUGUUUGUGAGCUGUUGAGUCUUAUAAAAAUCAACUGGAUAUAAAUGACGUUUUAAUAGGAAAAUAACUUUUUGCAAUAAAAAUUUUCCUCCAGUGUAUGGAGUUGAUCAUG